AGAAAGUUGGCAGCCCCUUUGAAUGUUUUUGUUUUGCAUCGGAAAUUAAAGUGAAUUGCAUUCCAUAAAUUCGAAAUAAAGCCCACCAUUAAAGGCUAAUGCCAUUCCGAUUAGCUUAAACAAGAUGACCAUCUUUAAUCUGUACAUAUUCGACAAGUUUGGCACGCUACUUCACUACGCAGAAUGGAAUCGCACCAAGAAAUCGGGAAUCACCCGAGAAGAGGAAGCCAAACUCACCUACGGCAUGCUCUUCUCGAUCAAGUCCUUUGUGAGCAAAAUAUCGCCACAUGAUCCCCGGGAAGGAUUCCUCUACUAUAAGACCAAUCGCUACGCCCUCCAUUAUCUGGAAACUCCCUCGGGGUUAAAAUUCGUUCUCAAUACGGACACGACAGCCAUCAAUGUGAAGGAGCUGCUGCAAGCAAUGUACGCUAAAGUGUGGGUGGAGUACGUGGUGCGGGAUCCACUGUGGACGCCCGGCACAGUGGUCACCUCGGAGCUAUUUCAAUCAAAGCUGGACGAAUUCGUCAGGCAGUCCCCCAUCUUCGGCAUUCGCAAUAUCUAAACAAAUAAAUAGCUUUAAGCUCAGAUUCCCAUUACCAA